GACAAGCAAACACAACCACCUCCAAAAAAAAAGGAUGGUUCUUGUUUGUACUGCCCCAUAGUGGCGAGAGUAACGUCGUUCGAUCAAUUGAAGCAAGGGCAUCAUAUCACUCUGGGUGGACACUACUUAUUCAAAAACAAAUUUGGCCGGCUUAAAUCCGCUUACAAGCAUCACGCCAUUGUUGAAAAGUGCGAACCAAUUGGACAAAGCGAUGCUAUUUUAACACUUAUCCAUUACUUCGAAGGUACAUUUACAAGCAAACUUGAACUAAGACGUUCACAUGAAAUGGUAAAUUUAAGAAACGAUGAUAUACACAUUGUACAUCAUAGUUACACGAAGACAGACAGCUCCAAGCAAGAUGAUUCCACGACGAAAGAAAGAUCCGAGGAUGAUAGUUUGACGACGAAAAAUAGAUCCGAGGAUGGUAGUUUGACGACGAAAAAUAGAUCAGAGGAUGAUAGUUUGACGAAGACAGACAGCUCCAUGCAUGAUAAUUCGACGAAGAAAGAUAACCCAGAGAAUGAUAGUUCAACGAAGAAAGAUAUACCCGAGGAUGAUAGCUUGACGAAGGAAGACAGACCCGAGGAUGAUAGCUUGACGAAGGAAGACAGACCCGAGGAUGAUAGUUCGACGAAAAAAGAUAGGUCCGAGGAUGAUAGUUCGACGAAGAAAGAUAGACCCGAGGAUGAUAGCUUGACGAAGGAAGACAGACCCGAGGAUGAUAGUUCGACGAAGAAAGAUAGAUCCGAGGAUGAUAGUUCGACGAAGAAAGAUAGAUCCGAGGAUGAUAAUUCGACGAAGAAAGAUAGCCCCGAGGAUGAUAGUUCGACGAAGAAAGAUAUAUCCGAGGAUGAAAGUUUGACGAAGAAAGAUAUAUCCAAGGCUGAUAGUUUGACGAAGGAAGACAGUCCCGAGGAUGAUAGCUUGAAAUGUGCAUAUACAAAAGCGUGUGAAUUCCUUAAAGGUGGAUCUAAAUCCAAAAAAUACAAUCUUUUCUUGAACAAUUGCGAACAUUUUUGCAAUAAAUGCCAUGCUUCCAUUGACAAAUCAAUGCAAGUCUGUAAACUAAUUAACUUUAUUUGUAAUUUGGCUAGUGGUUCAACGCAUAUUAGCACACAUUGUGGUAAACUUAUUCAUCACGUAUGGAACUUCUUGUCAAAGCAGCGCCCAAUUUUCAAAGACUUAUUUAAACACGCACACUUGACUUAUUCCUUGAUAGCUUUGUUAGCUAUUUUAUUGAAUUUUUUCUAUACACUCUUCUUAACAUAUGGAUACACAAAAGAAAGGAAAAAUCACAGUAUAUGCGAUUCUUGUUUCUGGCGAAAGAUUGUGGCAAUUUGGAUUUCCUUUUUUAUGUCGUCCGCGGUUUCUGCUGGCGUGUUUCUGUUGUUGUUUUUUGUUGUUUGUCCUCAUGGAUGGCCUAAAUGGGUCUUCAUCUUAGUUUUAGUAGCAACAGGAGUAAUGGGAAUUGGUGUUUCAUACGGCUUGUCAAAAGCGUAUAAAACAUAUGUUCCCAGCAAGGUGCCUGUAAUGUGCAAACAAGUGUCUUCUUUUGAAUCAUUGAAAAAAGGCGAUGUUAUUUCAAUAAAACGUUUUUUACAAAGACGAUCAUAUAUGAUUGUAGCAGAAAAACCCAAUAGCUCAGUGGUGAUGUGUAUUUUCUAUGAAGGACUCAUCAAACAAGAGUAUAAAGAAGAAAAAGUAACACUGGACUUUACAAAACAAAACGUGAGACUACACACAUAUGACGGUAUAGACACGUAUGAUGAAAACGAAGUGGUGAAAAGAGCGAGAUUUAUGAUCGAUGAUUUUGUCAUAGCUUUGAGAUCACAAACUGACGAAUUUUGUGACUGGGCCAAACGAAAAGGGCCCUCGCUGAACUCCCCAACUGACCAAAUGAAAAUCGAGUUUAAGGGGAUGGUAAAUCAGUUACCGUUCGAACAAAAUGAUGUUGUCGGGGUCAAUCAAACAAGAGCCACAGCAACCACCUUUUUACCUCCAACAAGAGUUCGGAUAUUCGACGAUUUACAUGAUGGCAGAAGCAUUAUAAAAUUAAAAGAUGGGGAUUGGUUGGUGAUAUCAAAAACCGAAGGGAGGCAACCGACGGAACCAAAAGUCAAAUGUUAUUCUAUAAAACACGGCAUCAAAGAAAAAACAUUACAUUUGAAAAAGUUUGUGUUGUUUUCGAAAAUAGUUCACCCGGCUUUAAGUGACUAUCCUGAACGGAUUUGCAUUAGAGCCGUAGAGUUGACAAACCCUCUAAGAUUUAAAACGCUUCUUGAUCUGAUAUGUGAUAAAACUGACUGUAUCUAUGCAGGAUGUCCCAAGGGUACUAUACUCAGUAAUAAGUCUGAACCCGGCAUAUAUUACGUUUCGUGCGAAAUCAUUGGGCAAGGCAGGGACUCGGUCCAAAUGUAUAAACUUUCUGAAAAAGAAAAGAAGGCUCGAUGUGAACUUAAGGAAGUAUGCGUUAACAUGGACACAAUGGUAAUACAUCGAAACAGAGACAGCGUUCUUGUUUACCCACCAGAGAUAGUACUGAAAAGAGUUGAAAGAUUAGAAAGUCAUUCUCCCUGGAAUCUUGAUUUGGAAACUACUAUAAGUUGGCUCUAUGACGUUCAGGUGCCUUCUUAUUUCAAUGUCAAUACUACAGAUUAUAAAAUGAUGCCGUAUUUUAGGACAAGUAAAAAGUUUCAGCUUGACAUUUCGUCUGCACUUCCCUCUCCAAAAAGCGCCGAGGACCUAAAGGCGGGCAUGAUCAUCUCAUUUAGAAAUCACCUUUCGAGACAUUUAGGCAUAUUGGUACAUUCCAUAUGUGUAGAUAACAAUACCGUGCAGAUAACGGUACUAUACAAGUCCAACAAACCAUUCAGAGGUCUUCAGGAACGCACGAUGUGUAGAAAACUUGACAACGUGCAAUACGUACCCUUUGGAUACUCAGAGUACGAGAAAACAGAUAAAAGUGUGCGUGAAUACAGAAAAAAUGCUGAAACGAACGGGAAUUCAAAACUCUCAGAGAAGGAAUUGUGCUGCAACUUUGCCAAUGGCACAGCAUCUAGUUUCCUCAGUUUAGACCUAUCAUCCUGGAAUGUUCACUCAGUACUUGAUAUUCCCUGCGAAUCCAUAAUAUGUUGUAUGGAAGAGCGACGCGUUGGGAUAGUUAAGAAAAUAUUUGACAAUGAAAAACUAAAAGCAAAAUGUAUUUGUGAGGAAAAUUUUGAACUUGAUUUAACGACUUUGAAAACAACAAAAACUUUAGAAAUGUGCAUUGUUGACCCUGAGCAGACAGGGAACCCUGAUGACAGAAACCAUUUGACAAAAAUUGAAUUGGUUCUUAAAGCAAUGCAUAAGAAGCAUUUCGGAGAAAAAUGCGUAUGUGAAGAAAAAACGUAG